AUGGCGGAUACCCGGGAAGGAUCAAACUCACCCUUAUUCCCCCCUGGAGGCUGGCCCGCCGUCUUUGCGCAAUUUGCCAUCGACAUCCCGAACUGGUAUCAUUCGGAUAGAUUGCAUCCGGAGGACUCUUCCGACAACACCCCCCAAUCUCUCACUGUAUCUGGUGCUACUCAGUUGACCGAAUCUCCGCUACCUCUUCCGCAGGCUGCUUCUCCGGAGGCAACUGUCGGCCUUGGUCUCGGUGAUUUGGACAGCUGGGUCGGCGAGUCUACAGAUUUCCUCGCUGCCGGCCAGGCGUCGCUCGAGUCGGCCAAUCCCUCUCUUGAGAGUGAAGCCUCUACACUCAAUGACUUCCUUGUGGAGGACUACAUCGACCUCACACAAUGUCCGGAUGAUGUUGGCCCUCUCAGUCCGCUGGAGGAUUCUUCACUGUUUAUGACUGCCGACACUUCCGAAGUCGCUGGUUAUGGCUAUGACUACGAAACCGAUUUCGAUUGGAACAACUUGGCAGACGAAUUCGACCUGCCGGCCACGCGGACUCUGGCAGCAGAAAUGGGUUAUGAGUCGCAGUCGGAGCUGGAUCGAGCCUUUGCCGACGUGGCAGCAUUAGUCGACUUCGACCCUAACGUUGAAACCCCUGCUCUCAUGGACAUGUACAUUCCAACUUCGCAGCGUGAACCUCAACCGUACCAUCACCAAAAGUCAUCAAUGGCUGUUCCAACCUCAUCCCUGGAUGGCGCCGCUGACGGAUUUGCAGAACCUAGCCUGGUUCCCGCGCCACUCUUUGCUCGUCGACGAGCCCCAAACAUGACUACGGCUACGGGUGGCAUUCUCGGCAACGCAUCUCCAAUGCAUCUGGGUGGAGUAGCGGGCCUCUCGAUCCCCCAACUCCCGCGACCAGCCUUCCAGCCAGUGCAGACGAUGCCGAACGAUGGCCAAUUCACCUUCGCAUACCCCGGUCCCGGCAUGCAAUCGGUCUACCCAUCCAUCCGUGAUAUCUUCAGCACACCCACUACAACUGCUACUCACGAAGCAGCUGUGACAGGUGCCGAGCGCAAGCGUGAGUCAAGCAAUGAUCCGGAUCGUGAGGAUCGGCGCAAGCGCGCAGCUCGGGACAGAUCUGUUACACCAUCUCCUCGCCCUCGCCCUCGCCCUGGCCCGUCCACUGCCACCGGCGUCUCGGGACACACCCGCGCACGCCAUUCCAGUGCGGUGGCUUCAGCGAGCGAGGCCUCCUCACAGAAUGGAACUUGGUAUCGUAUGACCCGUCGCGGUCGGACUGUGGGAUACUUUCGCGAGUACCCGGCCCAUGCCCAGCCCAUACUGAUGCACCCGCGACAAGCCAACAACGCUAUCGUUGUCAGACUUCCAUCCCCAUCUCCUCCACCGUCAACUCUGUCGUCGCUGCGCCGUUCUGAUCGUCUGCAACGACCGACUCGACGUUGGUGA